AUGAUCACUCCCGCCGUGAUUAUGCUGGCAGCAAUCUACUACAUGCUCAGGCUUCUACAUGCUCUCCGAGACGAUGAUCGCUUUCCUCUGUGGAACUCAAUCCCUGAUAUUUCCCUUUCGCUGUGGAAAGCCGCUACCAAUCUCAUCCGAUAUGGCAGUUUCAAGAAAAGGGUCAGGUUUGACAUGUCACAUCUUGAGCACUCCAUACAGGAGGCAGAUGACAGACUCUAG